AAAGACAACAAUGCGGUCUUCAAACUAUAAUUCCGCAUAUAGAAAUAGCAUUUUUAUUUACAUUGAUCCAAAGCUUUCUUAUGUAUUUAAAGAUAAUAUCAGUGCAAUUAGCGGCCGAGCUUCGCUUUGUCUUUGUUGUAGUCGAACAAAAAUGUAAGAGUUGUUCCCCACCCCCUAUUUCCUCUGCUGUGGCGGAAGUAACUAGUAUUGCUGAGGCCUCAUCCUUCCAAUGGCGACUGAAAACAGGCUGAUUAGAAAGCGGGAGCAACCGUGGAGGGGGUCAGAGCAGUGUAACCGAAAUUAAAUAAAUAUAUCAUACUCUCACUAGUCAUAAAGUUAGUUUACAAUUGUACACCAACCAAAUCACGGCUGAUUCAAUGGCCAACAGUCGGAAUAUUUCGCUCCUUGAAUCGGAGCUAUAUUACCUAAUUUCACGUUUUCUGACAACGGGUCCAUGUCGGAGAGCGGCUGAGGUUCUAGCGAGCGAACUAGAAGAAUAUCAGCUUUUACCCUGCAGAUUAGACUGGCAAGGACAUGAACAUCCAAGAUCUUACGAAGAUUUGGUUGCAUCCAACAGACACAUUGCACCUGACCAUUUGCUGCAGAUCUGUAAGCAGAUUGGGCCGAUUCUGGACAAAGAGGUGCCAUGUGUUCCAGGCGUACAUUCCCUACUGGGAACCGGGAGGCAGUCCUUACUCAGAACAUCAAAAGAUUACGGCAAUGUUCGGAGGAAAGGCUCAUCAUUUGCUACCCUGCACAGAGGGAGACCACCAGAGAUGCAUUUGACCUGCAGGGAUCCUCCAAAUCUAGUGGAGGUGUACAGAGGAAGGGAGCUAACCGGUACUCAACGGUUUAGCACUGUGAACCCUGUGAGCAACUAUCAACACAUGCGGAUGCACAGGAGGAUUCUGGGUCAUCUGUCUGCAGUUUACUGCAUCGCUUUUGAUCGAACCGGUCUCAGGAUUUUCACUGGCUCGGAUGACUGCUUGGUGAAAAUAUGGUCUUCGUUUGACGGGAGGCUUCACUCCACCCUGAGAGGACAUUCUGCUGAGAUCUCAGACCUGGCUGUCAGCUUUGAGAAUACCUUGAUGGCAGCUGGCAGCUGUGACAAAACCAUCCGAGUGUGGUGCCUUCGUACCUGUGCCCCUAUGGCUGUCCUACAGGGGCACAGUGGAUCCAUUACCUCCCUACAGUUCUCACCAUUUGCCAAGGGCUCAAAGAGAUACCUGGUGUCCACUGGAACUGAUGCAACAAUCUGCUUUUGGCAGUGGGAUGUCAAUAACAUCAAUUUCAGUGAUCGCCCACAGAAGUUUACAGAGCGACCCAGGCCGGGAGUUCAGAUGGUGUGCUCAUCAUUCAGUCCAGGUGGCAUGUUCUUAGCGACGGGAAGUACUGAUGAUGUCAUCAGAAUAUAUUACCUGGGAGGUGGGAACCCUGAAAAAAUAUCAGAGCUUCAUGAACACACGGACAAGGUCGACAGCAUCCAAUUUUGCCACUCAGGAGAAAGGUUUGUGAGUGGCAGUCGAGAUGGCACAGCACGCAUCUGGAGGCUGAUUCAGCGUCAGCAGUGGAGGAGCCUUCUUCUCAAUAUGAACGCCACUCUACCAGGCUCGGAACACACGACCAAUGAGGAAAGCUUUUUCAAGCCCAAGGUCACCAUGGUAGCGUGGGAUCGCCAUGACAACUCAGUAAUCACAGCCGUCAACAACCAUAUCCUAAAAGUGUGGAACUCCUACACGGGCCAGCUGCUACAUAUCCUUAAAGGCCAUGAGGCUGAGGUGUUUGUCCUGGAGCCCCACCCCUCAGAUCCCAGGAUCAUUCUGUCUGCUGGCCACGACGGAAACGUCUUCAUCUGGGACAUCGUCCGGGGCACAAAGACACAGCACUACUUCAACAUGAUUGAGGGUCAGGGUCAUGGUGCUGUUUUUGACUGCAAGUUCACUCCCGACGGCCAGCGCUUUGCCUGCACAGACUCCCACGGCCAUCUGGUCAUAUUCGGCUUUGGGAGCUCCAAGCCAUAUGAGAAGCUUCCAGAUCAGGUGUUUUUCCACACCGACUAUCGGCCUCUGAUCCGUGACGCCAACGGCUUUGUGUUGGACGAGCAGACCCAGCAGGCACCCCACCUCAUGCCCCCUCCCUUCCUGGUGGAUGUGGAUGGGAACCCCCACCCACCCAGAUACCAGCGGCUGGUCCCCGGGAGGGAGAACAUUGCAGACGAACACCUGGUGCCUCAGCUGGGAUAUGUCGCCACAAGUGAUGGCGAGGUGAUGGAGCAGGUGAUCAGUCAGCUGACCACGGACCACGAGGAGGCCACGGCCAGACGCAGCGUUCUGGACGAUGCCAUCAGGCAGCUGCAGGAGCAGCAGGACAGGCAGAGCAGACCAGGGACACAGGCCCCAGAACAGGCCCCAGCAUUCCCAGCCCCCAGCACCCCACGUAGAGCAUCAGUGAAUGAGCGAGGUGCAGCUGAGGUGCAGUCGUCCCCUAACGUGGGUCUGCGGCGCAGUGGGCAGGUGGAGGGGGUGAGACAGAUGCACCAGAAUGCCCCUCGUAGCCAGAUGGCCACGGAGAGGGACCUGCAGGCCUGGAGACGCAGAGUGGUGGUACCCGAGCUUUCAUCCAGCGGGUACAGUUGCCAGGAGGACUUCCGAAUUACAAAAGGAGAGGAGGAGAUUGCCAUAUACAAUGCAAAGAAACGACGUGUGACAUACGGCAGUUGUAGAGAUGAUUCUGAAGAUGAGGUGCCUUGCAUCAAACGUGCACAGUCCCGCAAAAAGCAAAAAGUCUUCCAGCAGAGCAAAGAUGGGAUUGUGGAAGAAUUCAUUGAGUUCUCCUGUGAGGAGGGAGAGGAAACUGCAACAUCUGAGGACCAUGAGAUGGAGGGCAGUGAACUGAAUUCAUCCAAUGAGGAAGAGGAAUGGAAAAGUGACAGUUCAAGCCACUCGUCCAGUGAGUACUCUGACUGGACAGCAGACGCUGGGAUUAACCUGCAGCCCUCCACUCCCGUGUCAUCACGGAAACGAGUUCGCCGCCAGCUUAGCAGCUCGGAGGAAGAUAAUGAGGAGGAAGAGGAGAAGCAGCAAAGUGACGAGGAAGAACGACCUCUUCAGACUAGCAAGCAGAAAUCCAAGAAGCCCAAAAGCAAGAUGCCCAAGCGGCCUAAAGCCAGGCCGUCGAUGAACAGAGAAGUGUCCAACGAGUUCAGACCCUCAACGUGGAUCACUGAUGUCGUUCCCAGGAAGUCUCCCUUUGUUCCCCAGAUGGGUGAUGAGGUAAUCUAUUUCCGCCAGGGUCACGAGGCGUAUGUGGAGGCAGUGAACAGGAACAACCUGUACCCCAUUAACAUGGAGAAACAGCCUUGGAGGAAGAUGGAGCUGAGGGACCAAGAGUUUGUCAAAAUAACUGGGAUCAAGUAUGAAGUAUGCCCUCCGACACUGUGCCGCCUGAGACUGACGCUCAUUGACCAUGGCACGGGCAAAAUCACAGACAAAUCAUUUUAUGUCAAGUACCAUGACAUGCCGGAUGUGAUUGACUUCCUCGUGCUUCGGCAGAGUUAUGACGAAGCACGCAGUAGAGUCUGGCAGCCAAGUAAGUUAACUACUCAAGAUGACAGAUUCCGGUCUGUAAUAGAUGAUGCCUGGUGGUUUGGGAUCAUUGUUUGUCAGGAGCCAUAUCAGCUUGAAUAUCCGGACAGUCAUUUCCAGGGCUUCAAAGUCAGAUGGGACAAUGGAGAAACGGAGAAGCUAAGUCCUUGGGAUGUGGAAGCUAUUCCAGAGGAUGCCCAGCAACCUGAGUGUGUAGGUGGGGGGGUUCCAGUGACAGCAGAGGAGAUGAGAGAGGUCAUGUAUAAACCCCAGACAGGAGAGUGGGGUGAGAGGAGUAGAGACAACGAGUGUGAACGCAUCAUAGCAGGCAUUGAGCAACUCAUCACCGUCGAUAUUGUAGCCCCAUUUUCUGGCCCGGUGGACAUAGUUCAGUACCCAACCUACUGCACGGUUAUAGCCUUCCCUACAGACCUGAGCACCAUCAGACUGAGACUUAUAAAUAGGUUCUACAGGCGACUGUCCUCUUUAGUUUGGGAUGCCAGAUACAUUGUGCACAACGCCCGGACCUUCAAUGAGCCAAGGAGCAAGAUAGCCCAUUCAGCAAAACUUAUCACAGAUGUCCUGCUAAAAUUUAUCAAUCGACCUAGCUGUACAGAUAUUAUGGAGAUCUACAGUGCAAUUGAAGACAUGGACUAUACGGAUGACGAGGACCUGGAAGAGGCACCAGGCCCCUCUUCUGGACACAGACUGCGCCAGCGCUCUGUGGAGAAGGUACCUGACCAGGACUCCUGGAAGGGGCAGUGCAAGCGCCUGAUGAACUAUGUCUUUGAGUGUGAGGACUCCGAGCCCUUCAGAAAGCCUGUGGAUCCUACCUCCUACCCAGACUACCUUAGCAUCAUUGACACUCCCAUGGACUUUGGGACUGUGAAGGGGACCCUUGAGGAGGACCGCUAUGAAAACCCCAUGGAGCUCUGCAAAGACAUACGUCUGAUAUUUGCCAACGCUAAAGCCUUCACGCCAAACAAACGCUCAAAGAUCUACAGUAUGACUUUGCGGCUUUCUGCAUUCUUCGAAGAGCGAAUCAGAACAAUCAUAUCGCAAUACAAAACUUCUGUCAAGAGCAGCGAGAAGCUCCGCCGCAGCCAGAGGUUCCGGAAGAAGCUUCAGCACCACGAGUCUGCUGUACCCAGCACUAACACCACAAGCCAAAAGAGGGCUGCUCUAAAAACUCAGGAAAAAGUGGAAGCGGCGUCAACGACCAAAUCUACCUCAGCCAAAGUGUCUGCUCCCGAGAGAACCAGGAGAAGGAGCCACAGUAGUGACAGCUCAGGCCACAGCUCUUCUGAAGCCUCCUCCGGGUCAGACUCUGAGAUUGAGAGUGAGUUAUCUAUGAGUGACUCGGAAGAGGAGAAACGCCUGGCGUCCUCACGGCACCAUCACAGCAGAGAGACCAGGGGAACCAGAAGAGUCACCAGGAACAAGGGGGCAAAGAAGAAAAAAAUUGCCGAGAGCGAGGAAGAGUCCUCCAAUGAGGGGGAGGAGAGUGAGGAUGGCGGGAAGUUGUCCAACUCUUUGUCUCGUCGAUUCCCAAGCAGGACCAGCAGCAGGAGCACCAGGCUGACCAGGAACAAUGCUGUUGCCCAUAGGAAACGCACCAAACAGCCAGAGAGGGGUGCCCAGGUGAAUGGUCACAGCAGAAAAUCUGGGCGAGAGAGGCGGCUAAGCAGCGAAUCUGAGAGAUCACCAUCCCAGGGUACAGACACUUACAGGGAGGAGGAUGAGGAGGAGAAUGUUGGCCGCAGGACAAUGAAAAGGAAGACUGCCAGGGCGGCCGUCAACAAGAUGAAGCUUCUGGAAGCCUCUGAGGAAAACUAUGGUUCAGCCUCUGAGGAAGAGGAUAAACAUAGGCGGAAAAGCAGCCACCAUGCGACCCGAGUCAGCAAACGCACUGCCGUGAUCCAGAGCAGCUCUGAAUCAGAGGAGCAGUCAUCAGCACAGUGUUCUAAAAAAGACAAGGAUUCAUUGGGUGAUUGGGAGAACAAUGAGGACAGUAUUGAGAGUGAAGCUUCAUCCUCUCGUUGCCAUCAGAAUGGAGAGAGUAAGAACUCCAGCAGCCGCAAAACGACCAGACAAGCUGCAGAGACGGGUGGUAAGGAUGAUAUGUCUCAUGUAAAUGGGCACAGCACAAAACAUGACAGUACUUCUGAGGAGGAGGAGGAGAGCUCUGAUUGUGAAGAAGAGGAAGAAAUAGAGGAAGAAGCUGUUAGGUCUCAGAAGUCCUCCAGAAGCUUGACAACCGCUGCAGUGAACAAAAUUAGAACGUGCAUUACCAGUUAUAUGGCGGAAGAGAAGACUGGCUCCAGAAAGAGACAGCCCAAAUCUCUGGCAAGCUCUGACGAGGAAUACCGAGAACACUAUGCUCAAAAGCACCCUCACCAAAACGGGAGAAAGGUGGAGAAAGAACAUGCUGAAGGCUCUGAGAAAAAUAGUAAAUUACAUUCAAAAAGCCAAGAACAAACAUCUGCCUCAACCCACAAACAGGAUGUCCCUGAAUCAGAGGAACUCAGUGACACUCGAAAGAGAUCAAGCUCUCGCAAAAAAAGAGUGAGGUCUGAAGAGGAGGAGGAGGAAGAAGACAGCAACCACUCAGAUAAUGAAUCUAAGGGAGAAUUCAAUAAACGUCAGUUGCGAAACAACAACAAACCCAAAAGACAGAGUCACAAUGACUCUGUUUCAGAGAGCGAGGAGGAAGUUGUACCCAACAGGAGAGCAAGGAGAAAACUGCAUGCUUCCUCAGAGGAAGAAUCUGAUGGGAAGGAGAAGCAUAGCCCUAGCAGGCGGCCUUGCCUUCGAGCCCAACCAAAAAAGAAAUACAUCAAUGAAGACUCUGAGGAGGACUUGAACUCUGAGAUGCAAGGCAGUUGUAAGAAUGGGAAUAGCAAUGCUGUUUCAGAUAAAGGACAUCGACGCAACCGAAAAGCUUCCCCAGCUACUACAAAACAACAGUCCUCUUCCAAGAGAAAACGCAUUUACACCUCAGACUCCUCAGACAACCCUUAUGAAAAGAAACGGUGCAUGCCCAAGGCUAAGAGCUACUGCGAAGAUGAGGACGAGAGGGAAACAAAAAGAUCCAACUACAAGUAUCCCAAGAAGGAAUCUAGAUCCAAGUCUGAACCCGAGGACUGUAGUAGUAAGGAAGACACCUCUUCUCACCAAGGGUCAGAGGAGGAGAAGGAGGUUGAGUGUCCAAGGGGGAAGAGACGUUUGGAGCGACGCAAGCGAAAGGAACGCUGCAGCAGCAGUGCCCACAGUUCUGCCUCUGAAAGCGAGGAGGACGAAAAGUCCUCUGCCAGCUCAGGGUCCCAGAGCAGUCCAAAGAGAAAAAAACACAACAGGAGGUCAAGGGUCAGCAACAAGGGUGCCGCCCGACAACGCCGGAGGGACCCCUCUGAGGCAGACAGUGACCAGUCAUACGCAGAAUUCCAGAGAGGAGCGUGUGGAACGCGUAUCAAGACCCGAAACCGUGGCAAACGAACGGUGACAUAUCAUGACAGCGAAUGAAGGCUUAGCAAGUGAGGCUUAGCUAGAGAGACUAACUGGAGACCUUGAAGACACUUGAUCGCCACAUUAAAGGUAGUAGCACUGGAGCUUUUUCAAGAGGAAAUGCUGUGAAUCUGUUUCAUUCAGGGAUAUUUAUAUUUUCUAUGGAAAAAAAAAAGUCGUUUAUAUAAUAUAGCGCAAACCACCUCCCAUUCUGCUUUUGUGAUUUGGCGAGCUAAAUAACUGUUUGGGGGAGCAUUGUCAGCUUGGGUGCUAUCUUAAUAUACCUCUGUUUAAUCAAGCAUAUUUUGCUGGCUUGCACUAAGAAACACACUGUAAAGAGGUAUUUCAUACACUAGUUUCACAUUAGGAACUCAGGGGUCAACUAAGUUUACUGUAGUCUCAGCCAUUCAGUCUUGGGAGCUAGAGUAGGUAGGGACAAUAAACAUUUCCAGGAUGGCGGUUUCAGUCCAAGCACACUUACUGAGACAAAACUAAUCCACUUCACCCUCCUUUGACUUCAAGUCCUUUGUAAAUCCACAUUAAUUAUCCUUUACUGUAUUGUGAGGUAACUUGUUGAUAUGAGCCAAAAUGUACAAAUUUGAAUUCCUAGUGUUCCUCCCCUUUGUUUUCAUUUUUUUGGGGGGGGGGGGGGUGGUGUGUAUUCUAGUCAUGGAAUCAAGUGUAAAUAUAUGGGAUUGAGAAUGGCAUCUUUUGAAGGGUUUAUGAGGAUCACUCUGUAGCAAAUGAUUGCUUGUUUAAAUUUGAGCAUUAAUUUCAUUUUUAUGUCAUUACAACGCAUUGUCUUGCCACAUGUCAGAAAUUGGUACCCUUUUGCCAAGUACAGGAAACCAAAAAGUACUUAUAGCAAAAUACUGUGAUUUCUCAUAUUGGGAAGACACUCUAGUGUUCUGUGUUAUGUACUCUCAGUAUUACAUUUUAUUUUUGAGAGAACUUAAUUGCAUUUAACUUUUUGCUAAUCACAAUUUAGUUGUGUUGCGGCGGUCUUGAAAUUGCUAAAUGUUUUUCAUACACUUUGAUACAAACAGAUUUCAUAGGAAUAUGUUACUGGUACUCCGUAUGGUUGUGGAGUGCAAGAGGGCUGUUUUUUUUCUUAUUUUCUGGUUAAUAAAGACAUACAUUCAAGGCUCA